AUGUCCACCACCACAUCUCCACUCUUCACCCUCCCCAUCUCUUCCACCUCCGGCUCCAUCACCUGCACCAACCCAUCCCCCGAUCAACCAACAAUCUACCUCCUCACCUUCACCUCGCCCCCAGAUAACCGCCUCACCCCGACCUUCAUCGACACCUUUCUCCUGGCCCUCGACAUCAUCGAACACCGCUACCAAAAGGGUGUGUUAAUCACCACCAGCGGGAUUCCCAAGUUCUACAGCAAUGGACUAGAUCUCGAACUUGCGCAAUCCACAGAGGGGUUUCUGGAUAAAUGGCUGUGGAAGUUGUUUCGUCGACUAUUAACCUACCCCAUGCCCACCAUCUCCCUCCUAAACGGCCACGCCUUCGCCGGCGGCUUCAUGCUGGCCAUGUACCACGACUACCGGAUCCAGAAUCCGAGUAAGGGCUUUCUGUGCAUCAACGAGCUCGAAUUCGGGGUUCCGUUGCAAGCGCCCAUGAUGCAUGUCUUCCGGGAGAAGUUGACGCCGAACGUCUGUCGGGAUGUUGUGCUCGAGGCGAAGAGGUUUCCUGGGCCGGAGGCGCUGCGGGUGGGGAUUGUGGAUGGUCUGGGAGGUGUGGAGGAGACGGUGAAGUUCGUGAAGGAGAGGAAGUUGGUGUUGAUGCCCAAGACGGAGAUUUACGGGGUCAUGAAGGAGGAGAUGUAUCGGAGGUUGUUGGGGGUGGUGGAUGAUCAUUCGGGAAAUUUGGAGUGGAGGGAGAGGGUGGAGGAGAGGAAGGGCGAGAUGGAGGAUGUUGGGAGGAAGAGUGUGGAGGUUUGGGAGGGGAGGAAGGGGGCGAAGUUGUGA